AUGCCAGACGCCGAGGUACCGCUUAUGCACGUUGUUUGGUUCCUCUCGCUUGGUGCGGAUCCUAAUUUUGGUCAGAACGAGAGUCGCUUGAGAGUUGAAGAAGGAGCUAUACAGCUAUUUUCUCGUCCCGAACGCAACUCAGGUGCUGCAUUAGAACUGGCUGCUUGGUUUUGCGACAUGGAGAUUUUGGAGAUUUUGCUUGGGCAUGGUGCUAAGCUAGAGAACAGUUUUGCACUGCAUCGGGCCAUGAUGAGAAAGCCCAGCGAACGAAUUCCCUUCGCGGAGCGUCUUCUCAGCCUUGGAGCUGACAUUAAUCGUAUUAGAUUCCUUUCUCCUACAAUAUUGCAGGGUGGAAUCCUCUCUCGGUGGCCGCCAGGGCUUGUGGGUUAG